AUGUCCCCUGCCAAGGUCUUCUCGCUUGAUGGCAAAAGCCUCAAACUUGACAGCGCAGAGGACAUUGAAGCUCACAUCAAGCCUCUAGUUGAGAGCACUGACUAUACCGAGAUCCACUUCGGUGGUAACACCCUAGGUGUUGGUGCCUCCGAACGUCUAGCCGCCGUCCUUCGGACCCAGAAGAGCCUCGAAGUUGCGGACCUUGCGGAUAUUUUUACCUCGCGUCUCUUAUCCGAGAUCCCACCUGCCCUGGACUUCCUCCUGAAAGCCCUCCUCGAGCUCCCAACCGUCCACACCGUAAACCUCUCCGACAAUGCCUUUGGUCUCAACACCCAAGCUCCCCUGGUGGAAUUUUUGUCCCUCCACACUCCUCUUCGCCACCUCAUUCUGAACAACAACGGCCUCGGUCCCUUCGCAGGUAUUAUGAUUGCCGAUGCUCUGAGCAAGCUUGCCGAGCGCAAGGAGGAGGCCCGCACAGCAGGCAAGGAAGUUGCUUAUCUUGAAAGCAUCGUCUGCGGCCGUAACCGCUUGGAGAAUGGCAGUAUGGAGGCCUGGGCUCGGGCAUACGAGAAGCACGCUGCUGGUCUGAAGUCUGUUAAGAUGACCCAGAACGGUAUACGACAGGAGGGUAUCUCGCAGUUGCUCAAGGACGGUCUUCGCCACGCUCACUCCCUGGAGGUUGUGGAUCUGCAGGACAACACCUUUACCGUAGUGGGAUCUACUGCUCUCGCCAGCGUAUUGGAGGGUUGGACUUCCCUCAUUGAACUCGGUGUCGGUGACUGUCUACUUUCUGCUCGUGGUGGUGUCAAGGUCGCCCAGGCCCUGGCUGCCAACAAAAACCAGAAGUUGCAGAUCCUUCGGCUGCAAUUCAACGAGAUUAAGGCUGAUGGUGUCAAGGCCUUCGCCAAUGCCGCCAAGACUUCCCUUCCCAAUCUGCGUCGUGUCGAGCUAAACGGCAACAUCUUCAACGACGAAGACGACAGCAUUGUUGCCUUGCGUGAGCUCCUGGAGGCUCGCCAGGAAGAGCACGGCACCGAUGAAGAUGCCGAGGAUGCUUGGGGUGUUGAUGAACUUGAUGAACUUGAGUCUGAGGACGAAGAUGAGUCCGAAGAAGACGAGGAAGAGGAAGAGGAGCACAAAGCCGAGAAGGAUCUCAAGGAUACCGACCUUGCCGAAGCGGAGAACGUUGCCCAGAAGUCCGACAAGGACGUUGAUGACCUGGCCGAUGUGCUGGGCAAAACCGGCCUAUAG